GGACUGGCGCGGGAGGCCGGGCAGGGGGGCUGCCCCGGUGCGAGCGCGGCGGCGGCGGCGGCAGGCGGAGAGAUGAUCGCGGAGUUGUUGAGUAGCGCCCUGGGGCUCGCCCUGUACCUCAACACCCUGGGGGCCGACUUCUGCUACGAUGACAGUCGAGCUAUCAAGACAAACCAGGACCUUCUGCCUGAGACGCCGUGGACCCAUAUCUUCUACAAUGACUUCUGGGGGACACUGCUCACUCACAGUGGGAGCCACAAGUCCUACAGACCUCUCUGCACACUCUCCUUCCGUAUUAACCAUGCUGUUGGAGGGAUGGACCCAUGGGGCUACCACCUUGUAAAUGUCUUGUUACAUGCUGCAGUCACAGGCCUUUUCACAAACUUCUCCAGGAUCCUGUUUGGGGAUGGGUACUGGACCUUGAUAGCAGGCCUGCUGUUUGCGUCUCAUCCGAUCCACACAGAAGCUGUAGCAGGGAUCGUAGGGAGGGCAGACAUUGGAGCCUGUCUCUUCUUUCUGCUUUCUCUGAUGUGUUAUGUGAAGCACUGCUCAACCAGAGGUUCCUCACCAAGUACAUGGGGCUGGAUCUUGGGAACAGGGCUGUGUGCAGGAUGCAGCAUGCUGUGGAAGGAGCAAGGAGUAACUGUUCUGGCCAUUUCAGCAGUGUAUGAUAUCUUUGUAUUUCAUCGACUGAAAAUGCACCAGAUCAUUCCUGCUUUAUACAAGAGAAAGAAUUUGACCCUUUUCUUCAGCAUCGGUUUAUUGACCUCCUGGGGCACUGCACUGCUGGGUGUCCGCUUAUACUGGAUGGGCAACAAACCCCCAAGUUUUUCCAAUUCUGACAAUCCAGCAGCUGACUCGGACAGUUUUCUUACACGUACGCUGACCUUCUUUUACCUGCCAACAAAGAACCUCUGGCUGUUGCUGUGCCCAGAUACCCUGAGCUUUGACUGGUCUAUGGAUGCUGUGCCUCUUCUGAAAUCAGUCAGCGACUGGAGGAAUCUACACACUGUGGCCUUCUAUGCUGGACUCCUCCUCCUUGCCUACUUUAGCUUGAAGGGUUCCAGCAAUGAGAGAGAAUGCAAUGGGAAAACUGUAAUGAACGGCAAACAGAAUGCUAAUGGGCAUAGCUGCCACUCAGAGAUGGAGUACAAGACACUGGAGGUGAAGUCAAGCUUUGCAUCAAAAGAAGAGAAUGGUAUAAAAAAGCUCGAAAUGCAGAAACUGCCACUUCCUUCAACUGAGAACAUUGUCAUUCUGUCUCUGUCUUUGUUAAUAGUGCCCUUUGUUCCUGCCACAAACCUAUUUUUCUAUGUUGGCUUUGUAAUAGCAGAGCGUGUGCUGUAUGUUCCUAGUAUGGGCUUCUGCCUACUGGUUACAGUAGGUGUCAGGGCCCUUUAUGUCAAAGCCCAAAAGCGUUUUCUGAAGAACUUGGUUUUUUGUUCCACUGCUGCAUUAAUUGUUUUCUAUGGACUCAAGACUGUUGUCAGGAAUGGUGACUGGCAGAAUGAGGAGAUGCUGUAUAGGUCAGGGAUAAAAGUAAACCCUGCUAAAGCAUGGGGUAACCUUGGAAAUGUUCUCAAGAGCCAGAGCAAGAUUUCUGAAGCUGAAAGCGCCUAUAGAAAUGCCUUGUACUACCGCAGCAACAUGGCUGAUAUGCUUUAUAAUUUAGGAUUACUACUCCAGGAGAACAGCAGGUUUUCAGAGGCAUUGCAUUACUAUAAACUGGCAAUUGGUAGCAGACCCACACUAGCAUCUGCCUAUUUAAAUACUGGUAUCAUUCUGAUGAACCAAGGGAAGACAGAAGAAGCCAGGAGGACUUUCCUGAAGUGUUCAGAGAUCCCUGAUGAAAAUUUGAAAGACCCUCAUGCCCAUAAAAGCUCUGUUACUAGCUGUCUUUAUAACUUAGGAAAACUUUUUCAUGAGCAAGGACACUAUGAGGAUGCCCUCAUGGUUUACAAAGAAGCAAUACAGAAAAUGCCAAGGCAGUUUGCCCCACAGAGCUUAUACAACAUGAUGGGAGAAGCCUAUAUGAGAAUGAGCCGUCUGCCAGAAGCAGAGCACUGGUACGUGGAGUCACUGCGAUCCAAGAACGACCACAUCCCAGCCCAUCUCACCUACGGAAAACUGCUGGCCAUGACGGGACGCAAGAGUGAGGCAGAAAAGUACUUUGUGAAGGCUAUUCAGCUGGAUCCUACCAAAGGAAACUGCUACAUGCAUUAUGGUCAGUUUCUCCUAGAAGAAUCCCGCCUGAUAGAAGCAGCUGAGAUGGCAAAAAAAGCAGCUGAACUGGAUAAUACAGAAUUUGAUGUUGUUUUCAAUGCAGCCCAUAUGCUCAGACAAGCCAGUCUCAAUGAAGAAGCUGAGAAGUAUUAUGAAAUGGCAGCAGGAUUAAGACCUAAUUAUCCAGCUGCCCUGAUGAAUCUUGGAGCCAUUCUCCAUCUGAAUGGUAAACUGAAAGAGGCUGAAGAAAACUACCUCCGUGCUCUUCAACUUAAACCUGAUGAUGUCAUCACUCAGUCUAAUCUUCGCAAAUUGUGGAAUAUCAUGGAGAAACAAGGUUUGAAGACAUCCAAAAUAUGAUGAUGAAAACUCUGAACUUUUUUUAUCUCAAACUGAUUAAAACCACAAACUAGAACUUCCACACAGUUGUUGGAUCAGAGAACUCAUUGGACUUAACUGCAAGGAUCAGAGGUCUUAAAUGCUGCUAGGAAAAGCUAUUCUGCUUUUCGGCAUAAGUUUUUUUGCUAGAUAAAUAGAAAAACUGAGACUUUGAGAUAUUCAUGAAGGACUUGUUACCCCGCAAAAAUAUUUAGAACCAUAGCACUUGACAGAAGGUGUUUUGGCAUAUUUGGUUAAUCAUUGCAAAUCCCACAUUGCUCACUUUUGGGUGGGUACUUGAAAUGUAUACUGUCAUACAAGUAUUAAGGGAAGAUUGUACAGUAUACACUAAGCCACAUGGGAGUAAAAGUGGUAAGGGUAGGCUAAAGUGUUUUGCUGAUACUGUAACUCAUUAAAACGUAUACUAAAUCCAGUGUGUUUGCAGUUUGUCUUAAUACUGCUGUAUCUCACUUUAGAACCACUUGCUUACCAGUUUCACAGCUCUUAUGGUAAUUUGUUUUUAAACAUGUCAUUUGUGAUUAAAUGACAGCAUUCAAAAUUGUUUGCUGAGAAUAUGCAUAUUAUUUCAGCUUGUUACUGUUUAAUGCAGUUUUCUUGAUACACAGUCAAAUGGCUGCAUGCUAGAGAGAAUGAGCAAGGAACCACCCAUAUUCUACAUUAGCUGUGUAUGUAGAGUGGUAAAAAUAAACUAACACAAAAGUCCAGAAGUGUGGUUUAGCAAUGCAAGCAAGACUGAUGUUUGCCCUGAUAUCAAAAGUGUGAUCAUCUUAAGAAAAAAAAAAAGGUAUUAUAGAGCAAUGUGUUUGACUCUCUCUACAUUGCUCUCUGAUAAGACCAAAUUUAAACUGGACUGUCCUUACAGUAUUUUGGCAUUAACUCAGCCAAGU